AUGCCUUUCCUCAAGCGCACAGAGCGGGAGGCCCAACAUGCCAACCAACUCGAGAAGACGGCAUCUCCUGAGCCAGUUGGUGGCAAGGUAACAUUCAUGGCAGUGUACCUAGGACUGGUCGCCAGUAUUGGUGGCUUCAUUUUCGGUUACGUCUCUGGUCAAAUCUCUGGUUUCUUCGAAAUGGCAAACUACGGUCGACGAUUCGGGCAUGUCCAAAAUGAUGGUACAAUCGUUUUCUCUGCCGCACGUCAAGGUACCAUCACUGGUCUGCUCUGCAUCGGAUGUCUCUUCGGCGCCCUGAUCUCUGGAAAGAUGGCCGAUGUUAUUGGACGAAAGCUUUCCAUCUCCGCGUCUGCCUUCUUCUGUUGCGUGGGAACAGUAAUCGAGAUCUCCUCCGAAACCGCAUGGUACCAAUUCGCCAUUGGGCGCCUCGUCAAUGGUCUUGGAAUUGGCGCUCUGUCAGUGCUUGUGCCAAUGUACCAGUCGGAAAGCUCGCCUGCCCGCAUUCGUGGUGUGCUGGUGUCAUCUUACCAGCUGUUUAUCACUCUCGGUAUCUGGACUGCGGAGAUGGUCUGCUACGGCACUCACAAUAUGGCCAGCACUGCAUCAUGGCGCAUCCCCAAUGGUCUGUCAUUCCUGUGGGCCCUGAUCCUCGGUGCCGGUAUCCUGUUCCUCCCAGAGUCGCCUAGAUACGCAUACAGAGUUGGUCGUGAGGACGAAGCUCGCACUACCAUUGCGAGACUCGGCGGUCUUGCACCAGACUCACGUGAGGUCAACAUCUUGGUCAACGACAUCCGUGUCAAGCUGGACGAGGAGCAUGCCGGAGGUGUUGCUAACUGGCACGAGUUCCUGACGGGUCCACGCAUGUUCUACCGUGUGGUCCUCGGUAUCGUACUGCAAGCAGGUCAGCAACUCACAGGCGCCAACUUCUUCUUCUACUAUGGGACCACGAUCUUCAAGGCCACCGGCCUCAACGACAGCUACGUUACACAAAUCAUACUGGGAACAGUCAACGUUGCAUGCACUUUCGGUGGCCUAUACGUAGUGCAGAAGUGCGGUCGUCGCAACGCGCUCAUGGUCGGCGCUGCAUGGAUGUUCAUGUGCUUCAUGGUCUACUCCUUCGUCGGCCACUUCGCUCUCGACCAGAACAACCCUCAGGCGACCCCGGCUCCAGGCAACGUCCUCAUCGUCUUCUCUUGCCUCUUCAUCGCUGCUUUCGCCACUACCUGGGGACCGAUUGUGUGGGCUGUGGUCGGUGAAAUGUACCCAUCGAGGUACCGCGCUCCAUGCAUGGCCCUCGCUACCGCAUCCAACUGGUUAUGGAACUUCUUGAUGUCAUUCUUCACCCGCUUCAUCACGGACGCCAUCGACUACCUUUACGGUCUGGUCUUCGCUGGAUGCUGUCUAGCACUUGUGAUUAUCGUGUUCUUCUUCGUCAUUGAGAGCAAGGACAGGUCGCUGGAGGAGAUUGACACCAUGUACGUGCUCAAGGUCAACCCGAUAACCAGUGCCAAGUGGGAUGGAAGCCAGGUACCAAAAGAGCCAGACAGUGGAUUCACCAGCGGCAGGAACAGCAGCGACGCUGAGAGAGCGGCCGGUGCUCCGGUUGAGCGCGUGCCAACAAAGACUCUGGAAGAGUAA